UGAGCCGUGUUGUGAGGGAGACUGGUCGCCUGAGUCGCCUUGAGGCUGUGAUAAGUCUUAGAGAAUUAUUUCAAAAUGCAGAAACCUUUAGCGAAAAAGCUUUCUAAGGGAGUCUUAGAUCUUAAGUUUAUGAAAAAGAGCAAAGAAAAGGCACAGCUUCAAGAAGAAAAUGAAGAGCGUCAACACCUGUACCAGAACCAAUUAUCAUCACUGCUUGAUGGAGCAGACCGCAUUGUGAUGUUGAACUCAUACUUCGACUGCAUGGAGUUCUUGCCUUGCCGAUUAUCCUUUGGAGGGAUGGAUCCAGACAUUGAGAAAAUAAAUGAUGAUAAAUUAACAGGCAUUUACAAAGUCAUAAAGGCUCCACAGCCAGAGACAGGCACCCAAAUGGAUACUGAUGUGGCUGCAGAGGAAAUGGCCACAGUGUUUUAUCAAAGCAGUAAAAGGAAAAGUGACCAUCUUGAUGACUAUGACACAGGCACCAAGAGAGAUCUUGAAGAUGAUGCAAGUGAAAGGAGUUAUGUCAAAGGUUGCAAAUAUAAAAGAGAGGGGGAUGAUCAAUUCCAACAAAUAAGAGUAGGUGGAGACAGUGAUCGAGGUAAUGGCAGCAACCAUGACAGGGGGAGUUUUAGUGACCGAGGCAGAGGCCAAAGAAGAGCAAACUUUAGAGGGGAUGGCCGAGGCCGAAAUCAAGGAAGGGGAAACUUUAGGGGGAAGGACCGAGGCCGAAGUCAAGGAAGAGGAAACUUCAGAGGGAAUGACCGAGGCCAAAGUCAAGGAAGAGGAAACUUCAGAGGGAAUGACCGAGGCCAAAGUCAAGGAAGGGGAAACUUUAGGGGGAAUGACAAAGACCGAAAUCAAGGAAGAGGAAACUUUAGGGGGAAUAACCCAGGCAAAGGCAGCAACCAUAGACAGGAUAUGGGCAUUUUCACGGGUGAUAACAUGGACAAUAUCCAGGACACUCACAACGACAGAACAAACACGCAUAAGAAAAUGAAGUGGAAGAAACCAUCAGAAUAAUUGUUGGAAGUCCAACUUAAUGCAAAUUAUUUCUGCUGUUACAUUUGGAAGUACUGUACCAAUAAACUUUUUCAGGUUUA